CAGCUAUUGUGUUCCAGAACAAUUAUUAGCUAGUAUAAGGAAGAUUGCCGUGCAUGGCGACCCCUCUCCAGCUAUUGUAGAGUGUAUUCAGACAAUUGAGACAAUAGUAGAGCAUCAGUUCCCAACGACGACUCAUCUGCUGAUCCUUUUCUAAUCCAGUUUCCGAAUCCCUCAUUCUCCCUCAGAUUGACUUCUGUACACCGAGUCUUGACAUCCAUUCUCCUCUCCUCUUCUCUCCUCCCAACCAUGGCCAAGCGCAAAGCCACUGCCCCUCCUGCGCGCGCUGGUCGCCGCAGCAAGCGCUCCAAGACCACCAACUGCACGCCCGAGUUCAUCUGGAAGCCGCGGGACUGGGCUGAGAAGAAAGCCAUCAGCAACCGGGUAUCUGUCCUGGCGAGCAAGACCAACCGCGGGCGGUUGGUCGUCAAGAAAGUUAUGCGGGUGACGCCCAACUCCGCCAACGACCCGCGACCGCUCGAGAUCCGCGCUGUUUCGCAGCUGCCGGACUGCAACCGGGUCGUGAAGCCCAUCUUCUUUUCGCCUGCGGAUCCCGAUGCCGCCCAAGGCACAGCAAUCUUCGAGCACCUUCCGCUCGGUGACCUCAUGGCGUGGAAAGCGGCGUGCUUCGACCAGAAGAACCUCAAGCCAGUGCCAGAGUCCUUCAUCUGGCGAUUCUUCUUGGGACCAAGGCGUGAGGAGCGACAUUGCAUGAUCCACCGAGACAUCAAGCCCAACAACAUUCUAGUCGUCGACAACGGCACGACGUAUCCGUCGUUCAAGCUGGCAGACUUCGGCUGUGCGCUGUUGUACCAGCGGCAGAAGGCCAGCCGUCCUGCGCGCUGUGGGACGUUCGAGUGGCAGCCGCCGGAGAACCCAGUCAUCAAUACAAGAGCUGCCGACAUCUGGGCUCUAGGUGCGAGCACCCACUUUCUGGCGACGGGCCAGGGGCCACUACAGAGCAUUGCCCAAUACACCAUCGCGCGAUGGAACGAGAACAACGGUCAUCCAGCGUCGGCACAGAACUACAAUCCUCCGGCGCGCUACUAUGCCACCCGCGUUCCGCGAGAAGUCACGCCCAUCAACCUGUCCACGACACAGCAGAUCGCUCGCGGUAUCGCGCCGUACAUCAACCCAAACAGAGCCGACUACAACCACCAAUACAGCGACGAGCUCAACGGCUGGAUGUCCCAAUGCCUGAGAGCGACUCCCGGCAGGCGACCGACGGUGCAGAGACUGUUGAAUAGCAUGACUCCGAUGGCUAAAGAUCUGCUGAAGCAGAUCGGCGGCCAAGCAGCGCUUACGGACCUCGAUUUCGACAGUGGACCUUGA